UGCUGGUGUAUGACCCAUCAGCUCAAAGCAGACUCAAGCGCAGAGGCGAGAGAAUAUAAUGUUACCAGGGUUUUGUUACCAGGAAGUGGGUCGAGUUAUUUAUAUUUCAACGCUCGUCCUCUUGUUCAUGAGGGAGAACCGGUGGUAGUAACCUGAAACUAUACAUUCAAACAUUGUCUGGAUCUGGAGGAGAACAAUCGGCUUCACGAUCAGGAAUGACAAGAAUCAAAAGAAAAUAUGUGCGAAUGUAAUUAAGGUAAAGUCCACGCGAGAGGGCAAACUGACCCUGUGAGCGAUUGAUCAUUGGCAGGGUUGUUGUGAUGAAGCUUCAUGAGAAGAUUUUAACCCAUUACCUCUCGUGCACAUCUCCAGUGGAUAAAGAGGGAUAUCUCAACAAAAAGAAAAACCGAAAUGACACCUACCACCGGCGGUGGUUUGUCCUGAAGGCAAACUUGCUUUUUUACCAGGAGCGCCCAGCUGACAGACACCUGCUGGGUGUCAUUGUGCUGGAAGGGUGUGCUGUUCAGCACUCGGAGACCGAUGGACAUUUUACCUUCUCCCUGGUGUUUGGGCCUGGACUCAAAACCUACAGAUUUGCAGCAGUAGAUCGCCAGGGUCAAGAGAGCUGGGUGAAAGCUCUCCACUCAGCCAGCCACUGUUACCUCUCCAUGCUGGUGAAAGACCUAGCGAGACAGUAUGAAGAAGCUAAGCAGCAGCAAAGCCUGGGUGAGUCCCACCCCUCUGUCAGUGCCCUCAAGCUGCCCACAAACAGCUUCUUAUUCACCACAACACAGCAAACAGCAGUAGUCAGAGAGGGGAGGAGCUUCAGUGCCAGCACCCUUUUACAAGCACCUUCCAUACCAGCUAAAGCAGUGGCAAAAAAGUCCCCCAAACUUUGGACCAGGAGACAUGCUCAUGUCACACCUCUUAAUGGACCGGCACCUUUGUAUGGGGAGUGGCCUUUGGUGGGAUUUGACCCGCUCGAGGAUUUUAGCACACUCCAUGAAUAUUAUGGCCAGGAAGUGAAGAAAGUGCGAGAGGACUGGCUGAAAAGUCGGCAAAAAGAAGAGGACCACACUGAACAAGAUCUUAUUGACCUGGGGUGAAAGAAAAAAGAGUUUAGUGUUUCCUUAGGAGGAACUGAGAUGGGGUGAGUCAUGUGUGUCAAAGAGGAAGCGAGCCUGUUUUAGUAUUUUGACAUUUUUGGCAGACACCUGACAUCUGUCUGAUCAACGCUGAUCAUUUUUAGAUUAGCUUUAAACUCUUCGACACAAAGUUCCGAUUUACUAGAUUCUGUGAAAACACACUGGAAUGUAAAGCAGGGUAGAUGCUGUUCAAAGGGGCCUUUUAUUUUUAUAUUUCAUGGCAAUAUUUUACACCUGUGAUUUUCUUGCUGUGGGACGCCCACCAUGAUGCAGUGUUAAAUAAAAGAGUAUUAUAUGAAAUUCAUGG